UAGACUUCGGGGAAGGUUGGAAGAGGGACCAUACAAAAUGAACAGACGGGAAAAAGAAGCAUUUGAAAUGAUUCGACCCGAUUUUUGCCGAAUGGUUGAUCCAAUGACACUCACCAUUGACUUACUUUGUUUAUCCGAACCUGAUAGGCAAAAGAUACGUAACACGCAGAUAGCCGCUGUUCAUGGUUCUAUGUCUACAGCCGCUCAGAUUCUACACAGUGUUUUGAUUCGGUGCCCACGUGGAUUUCGAGAGGUCGUGCUGGCAUUGAGGAACAAUAAUCAUGGCGAUCUGGCAGAUAAAUUAGACCCAGAUCAUGACAUUCAAAGUGCUGAUGAAGCCACUUCAUCUAAGUCUGCAACUAGUCCUCCUGCUGUUAUGCCAGCUAGUGCCACCGGCGACAAAGGCCCGACCCCCAAUACCCGGCCCUCCAUCACCCUGGAAACAUUGUGGAAUCAACUACCGGUACGGGUCACUAACUCGUUAAAGAAGAUGGACAGAAACACACACACGGUCGAAGAUCUUGCUGAACACUUCGAUCUCACUAAUGAAGAAUAUGAGGAACUUAAAUCUAAAGCAGAUCCUGGAAGCAGCAUUACUUUGGAUAUCCUUAAGUUAAAGCAUUCCCAGGCUCCCGAGUUUAAGCUCCGUACCAUAUACCAGGCACUUCAGGCAAUACAAAGAUUGGACAUUGUGUCUGAAAUAGAACAAAAGACUGGCGUACAGUCCCCCUUUCAUAUUGUUGAACAGCAAGCUGGUAAUGAUAAUGGCCAAAAUACUGCUCCAACUGGCAGUACUGUACAAGUCACAAAUCACAGUAAUGAAGGUAGAACAAUUUAUAGAAGGGAAGAAACCACGCGACCAGGGCAUGAAUAUGCAAGAAAUGAAGUUCUUAAUCGGAAUGAUGUUGAAAGGAAAAUGUAUGUUGGGGAACAAAAACUGCCAUCUACAUACGAAGCGGUACCAACUAAUGACAUGGAAACUGCGGAAAAUGUAAAUGCAAAGUCCCUUUAUUCAGCAGGUAGGACAACAGAACCAAACAUUGGAUCGCCGGGCUUUGAUGGAGGACCGAAGCUGUCGUUAUAUGAGCAGUUUCAGCAAUCAAAUUCGGUAUCUAACGGUCAAUCAACAAACAUCUUACCCAAACCGACUUGGUCGAUGUCUCAAAGACCUAAAUUGACAAAUUCUGACCGUUCAGAAACUGCAUCGGGGAGAUCUACGACUAAAAAGACUUCAAUUCAUGACUCUAACCAUGAAGCUGAAAAUGAUCUGAAUAUUGACAGUACUAUAUGUAAUAAUAUUGUUGCCGAAGACUCCGAUUCUGAUAAUAAUAUUAAGGAAAUCAAUAAUGAAACAAAUGAUGGCGUGAAAGGUACGGAAGAAACGAAGUUAAAACCAGGUGUCACUGAGCAGAAUGACAAAGAGCUCAAACCAAGUGAAUAUAGAUUCAAUCCAAAAAUGGCCCCGUUUGAUAGUAUUGAUAAAGUUAAUCAACAAAUCGAGGAAACAGCCAAUAGAGAUAAUGAACAACAGAGAAUGUUAAUGUUGAAAGACAACAACAGCACUGAAAUGAGACAAUCUCUGACAGCCUCUUUUGAUAGCGGAACAAGUUUAGCUGCACCCAAUUUAUCAUGUGAAACACCUUCGAACCAAAAAGAAGAGUCGUGUGAAUCUAAGCGUUUGUACGAAAAUGAAAAUUCUGCCGCUAUGGAAAAUAUCCCGAUUGUUCAGACAAGGGGGAGUCACCCAAAGUCACCUUCAGACGAACUUCGACUGAAAAGAAAUAAGUUACGAAAUCGGGUAUUUGGUGAAAAGAUAACAAACGACAAUAACAUUGAACAUAUGCAUUCUGAAAUAUUUCCAUCAACAUCUACAACUGGAAUUGGGCCAGGUUCUUUAUCGUCCGUCAAAAAGGAAGAUGUCCAGAAAUUAAACAGUGAAACAUUCAGAAAAAAUGAAGUUAACGAAGCGGUGCCGAGUAACAAUAAUGCCAAAGAAAACACCAACACAAAAACAGAGACUCGAAUAAAAUAUAGCUGUGAACAUUACAUAGAUCAUUCAUUAGAGGACAAAUAUAUUCACGUCCCUAAACAUGUUCAGAGCGAUACGGAACUAGACAGUAUACGUGAAAAGGGAAAGAAUAAAGAUUUGCCUGGUUUUCGCGAAAGUGAAGAUCUGGACUCAGCUGAGUACAAAGGUCAUGAUUCAGUAUUUACCAUCAGUAGCGAGGAACAAAGUACCAGUAGUUCAACAAUGCUAGAAAACCAACGUACAGACACACCAGACAGUGUUUGGUCUCAAAAUUCUGAGCAACCGCGAGAAGUGACUGUUCACAUAGAACAUGAACGUCAUAUGAACAAUCGCACUUGUGACAAUUUGUGCUUAGAAGAAGAGGGGAAGUCAACAGAAACACAGCGUCAAUCUUUUAAAAGUUAUGCUAGUGGUGCUGUGUCAUGGAUAGCAUACAUGCGCCAAAAAAUGUUGUAGAAAUAAGAUUAACACCGCUUUUUCUUGAUAGUGUGCCUCACAUUUUUUACUUAUUGUUGUCAAGUUGGCGUCAAAUUAUCAACACGCAAUAAUAAUAAUACUCUUUAUAGUUUAAGAUAGAGAGAGCUGAUUGAUAUUCAUAUUUAGUGCUCAAAAUUAUAUUUUGUCCAAUGGGAUGACAGUAUUUUCCAAUUUUGUCGUGCAUAGAUAUUGUUAAAUCAGCAGUAUGUGAUAGGUACAUUGAUUGGUAAAAAGAUAAGCUAUGCAAAAAGACAACUUACAUGUUAAUGGAUGGCGGAAGUUAAUAGACAAUGUAGUAUCCACUGUCUGAAAUGCGAUUCCUUUAUUUAUUUUAUGAAGGAUAAGUUUUUUUUGGGUAUGAUCUUCAUGACAAUAUUUGUAAAUUUGAAUGAUAAGCAAAUGCAUUUAUUGGUAAUUCAUGAUAUAUUCAUAAAUUAUUGUUUACUUACAACUAGUUCAUGAUUAUAUUUAUACUAUGCAUGCUGUUAAUAGUUAUUAUCACAUUCUGUGUAUGAUUAAAUGGAAAGAAUGUGUCACUGUUCUGUAGAUACAUGGACGUGCAUUAGUCUCAUCUUCCCUCUAAUAACAAAGUCAUGAUAAAUGUAAU